UUCGUAUGCUACCGUCAGGCGUUUGAUCACACUCGCUUUGUGUCAAAAGGGUCGAUCAUUUUAGAGCGAAGUCCGCGAUUUAUUGAAAUUGCAACCAUUUAACUGUAGUCGGGUACCCCAAUACCUAAAAAAUGUUCCAGUUUUUCCCCUAUGUGUUGUAAUGAACCCGAUAAACCAGACGUACCUUUUCCACGUGCAAGGCUGCUGUUUUCGUGAAGGACGCGACUGAGGAUUGUCCGAGCCAAAAAUCGCCAAAACGGAUCUGAAUAAUAAAAUGCAGGGGAAGAAGACAAAUUUACGUAAAAUGGCUGAUGACAGUGAAGUCAGCGCUGACAGAGACGAAAAAGGCGUGGUGUAUCUGUCCCACAUCCCUCACGGAUUCUAUGAGCCUCAAAUGAAACAUUUCUUCCAGCAGUUUGGGAAGGUGACAAGGCUGAAGCUGUGGCGCAGCAAAAAGAGUGGUAAGUCCAGAGGAUUUGCCUAUGUUGAGUUUGAGUAUGCUGACGUGGCCAAGAUUGUGGCUGACACCAUGAAUAACUACCUCAUGUACCGGAAACUGCUCAAAUGCAAAUUCAUCCCAAAGGAGGAGGUUCGCCCCGGCUCUUUCAGCAAUUCCCACCGGCCGUUCGUCAAGCCGUACCACCGCAAUCUGUCAGUGAAACGUCACAACAGUCUCCUGACAGCGGACGAGGCCCGCAUCGUCAAGACCCAGCAGCGACUGGUCCAGAAAGAGGGGAGACGAAGGAAGAAGAUGGAGAAGCUCGGCAUAGAGUGCAAGCUGCCCGGAUAUGCAGAAGAGUGGAAGAGCAUCAAGAAGGCCCGUGCCAUCAUCCAAGAGGAGAAGAGAGUGGAAGCCCUGAGGCUGAAGGAGAUUGAACAAAGGAAGCAGGAGGCCUUGAAACGGGCCAAGCGCAAGGCCAAGCAGCUUUCGCUCAAGCGGAAGAUCGGCAAGAGGCGGAGACGGAGAGAGGCCAGAGAGGAGGCGGAGGCCAAAAAGCUCCCUCAGUCAUCUGCCGAGGAGAAAUCCCCGGAAGGAGGUGACAUCAGCGAGGUAUCCCCGAAACGUAAGUCCCAAGAUUCGGCAGCGUCGUCAUCCAGUGAACCGGAUGGGCAGCCCCAGAAGAAGAAAGGUAGACUGUCAACGCCACUUUCCCUGGCCAAAGAGGUGGCCACCUCUUCCUCCCCAAUUCAGAAAAAGAAGGAGGACAAAUCGGCUACUCUGAGUCAAAGAAGGAAAAGUAGUCGAUUGUCUUUGAGAAGAGAGGGUAAACCAGUAGCAUCUCUGGCUGACAAGUCAAAACUGGCAACACCAAAGGAGACCAAAGCUUCAGUGAAAAGCACAACAGCUACCCCAAAGACUGCAGGAAAGAGUCAGGCAAAGGAUAGCUCAGCGGCUCCACAAGCGUGCACGGAGAGCCAUGAAAAACUGAACAGUCCCGCUAAUGAUCGGAAGCUUCGCUCAGAGACGAAGACACCUCGGAGUGGACGAAACAUGAAGGCCUGGGAGACAGAGCCCUCAACUGAUGAGUUUGAGAGCAGCGACACCACUGAAGAGGAGGCAAAGGUUAAAGAGUUCACGGGGAUCCAACUCAGUGUGUCAGAGAAGGCAGCAGUGGAUACCAAGGAGAGAGGGAAGUUCCAGGAAGGAAUCAGCUUUGAUGGGGACCAGUUAGUGAUUUUUUGAGAAAUCUAAUGACUUCUCAACAAGUCAUUAUAAGAAACCAUUUAACUUCAACCCUCCUGGAGCCAUCAAAAUCCAAUAGGGCAUUUUGGAUGAUUUUAGGAAGUUUAAGGGAAAAAAAUGCCUGUGGAUCCGGACACUGUGGUUGAUAUCAAAGGAUUCAGGAAGACUUCUGUAUGUCUUCGGAGUUUGAGUUUAUUGAAUCCGUUUUACUGGAAAAAAGUUUUCAUUUUAGUCUUACUGUCAUCUAUUGAUUAUCAUCGAUGAAUCUGAUUCAUGCCACAUGAUUGCAAUUUUAAAUGGUUUGUCCACUUUGCGUCUAUUCUGAUGGUAUGAAGGUCUUUUGGAGGCAGACAACCAUCAUGGCUUGAUUCCAUUUAGCUGUUUUUAAGGUCAGUAAUUUUGAAAACAGCUGCUAAAAACAAAUGAGGUUUUCAAUGAAAGUAACAGAAGUUGUUUCCUUUGAAAAAAAUUUUGUGGCUAUUCCCUUCAUGAACAUUUUGCUGAAAAUAUAUCACUUUCCAGCUCGAAAGAUAUAAUUUGUUACAAAGGACCCGGCUGAGCGGAAGCGCAGUUGGACCAUGCACAUGUUGAUGCACGUACAUGUAGUUACGUGUUUGUAGUGUAUAAUUAAGAACUGAACUCGAAUAUUUGUAUGAAUCAAGGAGUUCUUGUCUGUAUUAUGCUGAUAAUCAAUGACCUUAGAUUUCAGAGAUUUGGGGAACUGAUCAACGUGUGAAAGAGACGCAAGUCAUGUUUUUUUGUGGAUUCACAUUCUGUAAAU